CAUCGGGCAGGACUCGGGCAGCCAGAGGCACAUCGUGACUCCGGGCAGAGGCAACAUCGGCAGGGACUCCGGGCAGAGGCACAUCGGGCUGGACUCCGGGAGGCAGAGGCACAUCGGAUUACCAGGCGGAGCAGGAGCAGGCACCGAGCCACCAGGCGGAGCAGCAGGCACCGAGCCACCAGGCGGAGCAGCAGGGCACCGGCGCCCCCAGGCGGGGGCGACAGGCACCGGGCCCCCAGGCGGGGCGACAGGCACCGGGCCCCCAGGCGGGGCGGACAGGCACCGGGCCCCCACAGGCGGGGCGACAGGCAUCGGGCCUCCAGGAGGGGCGAAAGGCAUCGGGCCCCCAGGCGGGGCGACAGGCGUCGGGCCCCCAGGCGGGGCGACAGGCGUCGGGCCCCCAGGCGGGGCGAACAGGCGUCGGGCCCCCAGGCGGGGCGACAGGCAUCGGGCCCCCAGGCGGAAGCGGCGGGCGCCGGGCCCUCAGGCGGAGCGGCGGGGCGCCGAACC